GAGAGAGAGAGAGAAAGAAAUUGAGGAAAAUAAAUAAAAUAAUAAAUUGUUGUCUUCCUUUAUGCUAAAAUUCAUACCCUUUUGUGUUUUUUCUCCUUAUUACAGACUCCCUUUAUUGAUGGUGGUCUGUUUCUCCUUUUUCUCUUCUGCAAACAACUGCUGCACCAACUAAACCUUCUUUUUCAACCCUUUUCAUUUUUGAGGUUUCAAUUUUCUUAAGGAAAAAGCAGCUUAAACAAAAAAGUCAGUCAUGUCAGGUUUGUAUAAUCAAAACUUCUCACAUGCUAGAGCAGCUUCUCCUCAGAUUAGAACCAACUCUGAAGUUGACAGUCAAUAUUUAUCAGAGUUGCUGGCAGAACAUCAAAAGCUUGGACCUUUUUUGCAAGUGCUUCCUAUAUGCAGCCGCCUCUUGAAUCAAGAAAUAUUAAGAGUUUCUGGAAUGUUGUCGAACCAAGGUUUUGGUGACUUUGAUAGACUUCAGCAUAGAAGUCCGAGUCCCAUGGCUUCUUCAAACCUCAUGUCAAAUGUCUCCGGGACAGGAAUGGCCGCAUGGAAUAGUCUUCAGCAAGAGAGAUUAUGUGGACCACCUGGAAUGACGAUGGACUGGCAAAGUGCACCUGCAAGUCCGAGUUCAUUCACGGUUAAGAGAAUAUUGCGUUUGGAAAUUCCAGUUGAUACAUUCCCCACUUUUAAUUUUGUUGGAAGACUUCUGGGGCCUAGAGGCAAUUCUUUGAAACGGGUAGAAGCUACAACUGGUUGCCGCGUUUAUAUUAGAGGAAAAGGAUCGAUAAAAGAUCCAGACAAGGAAGAAAAAUUACGAGGAAGACCAGGCUAUGAGCAUCUGAAUGAACCUCUACACAUAUUGAUUGAGGCUGAUUUACCUGCUAAUAUUGUUGACAUGAGGCUCAGACAAGCUCAGGAAAUCAUAGAAGAACUGCUCAAACCUGUGGACGAGUCCCAAGACUUCAUUAAGAGGCAGCAGUUGCGCGAGUUAGCUCUACUGAAUUCAAAUUUCAGAGAAGAGAGUCCCGGGCCAAGUGGCAGUGUGUCCCCAUUUAAUUCAAGUGGAAUGAAACGUGCAAAACCGGGCCGCUGAAAAAUGUGUCCUUGAUGUUGUAGAUGGAUGUUGUUGUGGUCCUCCAGCUAUUCAUUGCUGAUAAAUAUAUUCCAGUACAUGUCUCAUUCAAUGCAGCUAUGAAAAAAAGUAUAUGCUAACAAUUCUUGCUGGUGUUAGCAUUCUGGUGGUUGGUUUUCCUUGAACACAAAGGAGACAAAGCUGGAAGGAAUCAAGAAUUUCUAAAAGAGAAAAUUUUAUAUAGUUGAGUAUUGAAAAUAGGUUUUGUUCAAAUCAACCCCUUUUUUUUUCAUUCAUUGGAUUUAUUUAUUCUUGAGUCAGUUAUUUUUGAAAAGUGUGGAAUAUAAAUAUAUAUAUAUAUAUAUAUAUAUAUAUAUAUAUAUUUAUACAUGUUAUGGUGAUGGUAAAGUUUUAGGCCUUAAAAGAUGAAGUGUUGUUGGCAUGUGUCAAAGUCUCAUGGUAUUUUACUAUUUAUGUAAUUAGCAUAGGUUGAAUUCUUUUUAGUUGUUGUUUGUCAAAAGCAUUUGUAUUCUCUUUCUCUUCCAAGAGAUAUGAACUAUAGUUGGAAUGAUGCAUGUCAAAUGAAUACUUUACCAUGUACCAUCAAAAUGUCUAAAAGUGGUAUGUUGUUUAUAUAUUA